AUGUCUGCCGCCACCCUUGUCAAUACGCUUCAAUACAACGUUCCCUUGCAAUUUUCAAGUAAUGGGAAGGUUGUCACAGGAGUCGUCAGGCGGUAUUCUGGCGAAGACCUGCAGAAGAAUGCUGACCUUCAUGCAGCUUUUGUCUCCCUCUACACACACAUUCUCCCCGAUGUCGAUCGAGACGAAUGCAAGCGUGAUCUGCUGGGACCCAACACUAUCCAUAUUGGGGUGUUUCGUUCGGACCAGGAAGUCCGAGGUGACUGGCAGACCAAGCCGAUUAGAAUCCUUAAGCACUAUAAAAGGUAUCACGCAGACCCUCUCGGGGAAGAUAUUGAGAUAUUGCCCGGAACAGACUCCGCUGUAGAAGAGGCUGCGGACACCUACAAGCCCCGAUCAGUGGACUCAUCAUUCUCUGGGCCAACUGAUGAUGACGAACCCACAGGGGAAAGACUCAUUAGUCGUAUCAUGGAAUAUGUCAAGGCCCCGAAACAGCGAAAGGAAGUGGGGAGGUUUAUAAAGGCCAAGCUUCCUCGCCUUCAUGCCCAACUUAAGACAGGAGAGUUGCGUGAAUCAGAUUUAGAUGCAACCAAGCGAAAGAUACGCCAUAAAGAUAGGAUUCUUGGGGGUGCAAGCAUCUUAAUCCGAGAUAACCCUGAGGGGAUUACUGAACCAUGCCGUCUAUGCCAAUUGAUUUACAUUGGCGUUCGAACUCGAUUUCAGCUUCUCAAAUUAGGUAGGAAGCUCUGCGCUACCACUAUUUAUACAGAAGCCGUGGAGGAAUUCCAUUCAGAUGUGUAUUUUACCUAUGCUGGGAGCAACGCAAUUCGCUUCUUCAAACGAUGUGGACUAGACGACGAUCCCAUGAUUGCAGGCAGGUAUGCACACUUGGACAAUGAAUGGACAGAUGUGUUGCCGAUGGCCAGGCUUCUCAAGAUCCCGGCCCACAUGGAGCAGAUCCUAUCGUCUAAAGAUAACAAGGGCACAAGCAGAGCCGCGCUUUAUACUAUGUGGCGUGAUGCUGCUUUUCGUAGAUACGCAGAGGAGUCCCACUUCGUUAGUCACUGUGUUGCUGAGAUGGACCGGAUGCAACAGAGACUCGCAAGUUUGGAGAAGGCAGAGAAGUUGUACAAUGCCGUACUUACACAGGAGCGCAGCCGAUGCAUAAUGUAUGAGCAGAUAAUAGCAAAGUUGGAGUCUCAGCUCCUUGACGCAGGGAUCAAGCCAAAUAUAGACAGGGACGAAGUGCUCAAAAAGGUAAUAGAACAGAUUGCAGCGGCAAAUACUUUAGAUGAGCACGAUGCUGAACAUAAAAAAGCAUAG